AGCCACCAACACCUCAAUGAUAGAUCACGAUGGCGCAUGAGAUAUAUACACUCUACACUUCCGUUCGAUCGGUCGACGCAUGGUGUAUUCGAAGUGCGCUGAUGCUGAAAGAAGUCGAAUUCAUUUUCGCAACAUCGAUAUGGACGCGCUGGAACACGAAUCAGAUUGGUACCGCGCUAUGAACCCCAGCGGUAACGUUUCUACCUUCGUAAUUGAGACACAUGACUCUUAGACAAAAUUCGUCAUUACUCAGACAGCCGCCAUCAUGGGUUUUCUAGAGGACCAUUUCCGGGACGUUCCACUG